AUGUUGACCGAAGAUGCAGAUCGCAUAAUAAAAUUCUUCUCCAAAUCUCCCCUCCUCCCCUGCAAAUCCCUGAUCCUGGACGCUGAGUUCCCAGCGAUCAGCAGUGCCACCAAGGACCUCCCAGAGUUCAUCUUGGAAGAGAAAUGCAAGAAGUGCCCGAGAGAGAAGAAAGUGAAGAAGAACAAAUUCAAGUACAAGAAGAGGUACACUCUGACUGACGGUGCUCAUCUGGCUCUGGUGUGUCCCGAGAGCACUAUGGAGUCGCAAAUCGUCUGGAGGAAGGACUCGACGGUCCUGAAGAAGGGGACUGGCAGGUCCUUCAGGAAGAAGGAUAAAGAGGCCAGGGUGAUGGUCGAUACCUUCUCAACGCUUUAUUUGAUUGGUGUCUCGAGCCACGAAGAGGGGAAUUACACCUGCUACGUCGAUGAUGUCAGGAUGAUGCAGGUCAAAAUCAGAGUCGUUUCCAAAAGUCGACUAUUGACUCAAGCAUUUUUCCGUCACAUGGGCUACCUCGGCUUUAUCUUCCUCCUCGCAUCUUUCUGUUACUGCGCCGGGCUCGUGAUAGCCUGCAGAAAGAAGAACAGAUUCGUAACAAAGAGAACCAUCGACGAAGCGGAAGAUUAA